ACCCUCUUUAACCUCUCGGUGAGCAUACCACCGUCGACCACCUCAUCCGCACUCUUUGCGCAUCCCUUGGAGGUGACCGCUCCACCGUCCACAUCAAUCAUAGGCAUGAUCGUGCCCUUAACGUCCCUAGCUCCUCACUCGUUCAUCAUUUCACACUUUCCUGAAUUGAGAAAUUCCGACUCUUCAUGUUCUCUCUCUGGUCUGCCGUUCUUGGUUGUGCACAACCGUGCGCUUCACUCUAGUUCGUUCCCCCUGCUGAUUCCACCGUUCGCAAUCAUUUUUAACCUUUUGCGGUUGUCAAUCACGUUUUGAAGAACAAGCAAAACCCAGCAAUAGCCAUCCUUAAAAACUGAAAAGCCUCUAAAAGGUUAACCUUUUGCCACUUUGGAACUGGAACCUAGGUUUUUCCAAAUCAAUUUAUUCGUAUAAACACGCAGCAUGUUUACAAAUGAUAAAAGACAAGACGAAAGAACUGGAAAAUAUGGAACUUCAAGGCUCCAAUAUCUUCAGGAAUUGGUGAAUCAGUUUCAGAACACAGCUGAUGAAGAAACAAAGGAGAAGAUUGCUGCAAUCUUGGCGAACUUUUCUUAUGAUCCAUAUAAUUAUUCAAUAUUGCGCCAGCUCAAUGUUUUGGAACUCUUCCUAGAUUGCAUAACAGAACCAAAUGAGAAGCUUGUGGAAUUUGGAAUCGGAGGCAUAUGCAAUUCUUGUGUGGAUCCAGCUAAUGCCACUGUUAUUACUCAGUGUGGUGGAAUCCCUCUUGUCAUUCAGUGUUUAUCAAGCCCAGUCAGAAACACUGUGAAUUAUGCUCUGGGGGCCCUUUAUUAUCUUUGUAACAAGUCUAACAGGGAGGAGAUUCUGAAGCCUGAAGUAAUUGAUGUCAUUGAGCGUUAUGUUGCAGCUCAGACUGUAAAUGUAAGCUUCAGUAACCUGGCCAAAGCAUUUCUUGACAAGCAUGCAUGUUGAGGAUCAUGCUAUAUCUGCAGAACUUAAAGAAAACAGAUGUUGGUGUGCUGUUUCAUAGGGUCCAAAUUGCAAUAGCAGGUAUCUAUCUAAUAUUUUCAAAAAAAACAAGUAUCCAUCUAAUAAUGUAUCUAGUUGGGUGUUACUGUGAUCAUUAUCAGCUUUAGUUUAGGCAUCAGACAAUUUGAUAUGAUUAUUGACCCUGUAUCAUUUCCUA